CCGUCCACCAGCACGCCGACGACAUGUACAAGAUUGUUCUGGUCCUGGCCGCAGCCGCCUGCUGCGUGAGCGCCGCCCCCAAGGCCGGCCUCGCCCCCCUGGCCUACUCCGCGCCCCUGGUGGCCGCCGCCCCCGCGCCGGCCGUCGUGACGGCGCACAGCUCGCAGUACAUCGCGCAGAACUUCAACGGACUCGCCGUGGCCGCCGCCGCCCCCAUCGUCGCCGCCGCUCCUGCAGUAGCUGCCGCGUACCACGCCGCGCCUGCCGUUUACUUCAGAUAAACAGUUACCUGCAACCUCUUCAUAAGGAUAAAUAAAGUCAAUUUAAUUGCAA